AUGCGAAAUUCGUGCAUUUUUGUGCAUCGAUUUACCGCAGAUUUCUGUCAGAAAAGCGCUUUUCUUCUUACCGGCCGGCUUGAAACGGCUGAGGCUGAGCAACGGCUUUUUGGACGGCGAAAUAAUGUUGAAGAGCUGUUCUUCCUGCAACCAUCAUCCUCAGUAUUCUCUCGCAGCCUCGGCAGCAUGAGGGUCAGCCACACCACCCUCAGCAGGGUCGGUACCGCUGCUACUGCGGGAACAAGCAGUGCCGCAGCUGCUUCUUCACGGCGCCUUACGCCUAACGCACAGUCGAUCAGAUCAGCGCCGCCUACUCCCUUUCAAAAUCUUGUCAACAAUGCAUUGCAGCCGCUGCUAUCCGCUUCCAAACUGUUUUCGCCUGCUCCAAGGAAAGCCGCAGAUCUUCAAGUCCUGCCCGCUGCUCGUGAACCGUUCGAGCCGUCCAACUCGUCCGGCCGAACACUCGCCAAACGCACCCGACAGCUCUCCCAAGCCUCGGGCAGCAAGGUGUACAACAGCAGGGCGCAUCUUAUCAAUCGUCUCAUCCGCGACAAUCGCAUCCUUUCCGCAAUGACCGCCCUUACCGAAGAUGUAGCCAACUCGAGUCGCACACCAUUCACCGCCGACCAGAUGGAAAACUUCAUCCUUGGCAUGCGCAUUCAGAGCGCAAAACACGCCACCACACGCCCGGCUCCCAGACUAUCCAAACCCACCGAUACCGAUCUCUGGAGACCAGCCCGUCUCGAUCCUGCCAUUGCAGCAAAGUCACUUGACAUUCCUAUCCAAUGCGCCUACGCUAUCGCUGCCAUCUACGAUGUCUGUCUCCAACGCAACAUUCAGCCCACAGCAAAGAUGAUCUCGGCCAUGCUCUCGUGUUUUUUGGAUCUGCUUAAUCCCGACCAACUGUACCAUGCUACAGCGAAUGCCCUCCAACACCUUGUUCCUCCUGCCGCAAGCGCAGACGAUCAAGCCGCUCACCUCAGGCGCAUCAAUCACCAUGCCCUCUCGAGCUUCAUCGGAGCAUUCGGCCGCACGCAAAAACCCGAGGAGGGCGAAGCGCUGCUCCGUCGAUGGGCCAAUGCACAGGGAGCCCGUGAUCCCACCGUUCUGCACGCGGACCUAUCCAUUGACUUGACAGGUUGGGGCAGCAAUGUAGUGCUCUGGCAAUCGCUCAUCAAGGCUCGCGUCGACGCAGGCGAUCUUCCAGGCGCUAGAAUUUGGUUGGAUCGAUACAGACAGGCAACUCGACAAUUUCCAACGCCCAUCAAAUCCGCGCCCUACCUCACAUACAUGGCUGGCAUCCGAAAAUUGGUAGACCUACCUCACCUGUCGACGGCGAGGAUUGAGAGGACCUCAAGUCAGAUACGAGAUGCCAUGAACCUCUUGAUCGCCGAUCGUGUACCCGUCGACAUUGCCAUCGUAGCGUUCAUCCUCAGCUUUGAGGCCAGAGUUGGAAACGUGGCUGGUGCAUACAAGAUUAUACAGAAACAGCUGGGUGGCAUCCUCGAAGCUGGUCAAUUGCACGAUGCCGCACUGCUCCACGCGCUCUUUUCCAUCCAGAUAUCUGCUGCCAAGCACACAAACGCACAAGCGUCAAGUAAGCUCAAAGAUCUGCCGUCAUCGCGUACACUCAUCCAGUCUCUCGUCCAAGUAGGCGACGCCAAAGUGGUCACUUCUACCGACAACAUCGCAGCAUGUCGAAGCCGCCGUACCCUCAAUGCGGCGCUCAGAGCAGCGAUGGCAGAACGCGACUACCCCGCCGCCGUCGUCGUCCUCAACCUCUUCGAACGGUGGAGAGUCAACCCUUCACAGAGCACCUACACCUUUGUCGUGGAUCCGCUCGUCGCGCACGGUCAUACCCUUGCCCUGUCGCCUGAGUCAGGCGAGGUCAAAGCCUCGGCUAGCAAACUCAACCUCGACACGACGCUCAAGAGUGUAGCUCGGCAGGGCGAUGAGCAGGCGCGAGCGAUCCAAAGGGUCGUGGGUGAUUCGACGAACGGUGGCGAUACAAUGAUGUUCAGCGCUCAGCCAAUAUCGACGCUUCGUCAGACGCAGUAUUUGGUCAGGGUGCUCAACAGGGUCUGCGCGGCGGAAUUGCAGAGUGCGCAAGAGGAAGGAGCUGUUCCCCCGGGCUGGUUGAGGUUGCAAGAGAGUGCGAGCUGGCAAGACGCGGAGAGGUGGCAAGACACGGAAAGUCCGCAAGACGUGGAGAGAUCGUACCAAGCAUCGGUGUGGAAGCGUGUCAAGAGCUCCAUCUUGGGUGCACAGGACGAGAUGUUGGGUGCGGUCGAGGAGAGGCAAGAUGACCUUCCGACGUCGAGGAAGUUGAUUCAUGCAAAGGCGCCUACUCUUUCGCCGUCGCGGCGCGGAUUCACCCCAGUGGUGUCGAAGAGGCCCACCUCGUCGGACAAGGUUGCUCCUGGCAGUACAGGCAGAGGUCCGAUGAAUCACGCGAGAAAGCAGCAACGCACGCGUCUCUCAUCCGCUCGCUCUGCAGCUACGAACCCGAGAGCAUUCUCGACAUCGGCCGUAACACGCAACAACACCAACGACCCUGCCGCAUGCGACUUGGCUUCAGCUGCUUCCCGCCAAGAUUUCACGCACCUCGACCCGGUACGAGCGAUCUACAUACCCGGAUUUGUACCCUACGACCUUGGUCUCGCUCUCCAAGAGCACCUUGUCAGGCAACGUUCCGACGCACGUGCUGCCCUCCGCGCGUUGUCUUCCGCCACCUCUUCCUCUGCAUCCACUCUGUCCGGACAUACCGUCAUCGCCCCUUCCACCUCCGAAGCGACCCUCCAUUCUCUCGCAUCCCAAGACACACUUCUGCUCCUUCAACAUCGACCCGUAUACACCGAAGGACGUCGGCACGAUUCCGAAAACCACCUCGUUUCCUCCCAUCUUCGAUCCCUCGGUGCCGACUUCCACCUGACCAAGCGUGGUGGUCAGAUCACUUACCAUGGACCGGGUCAAUUGGUCGGUUAUCCAAUCUUGAAUUUGGGAUCUAUGAAUCUUGCGAGUCGGUGUUACGUCGAUCGAAUCCAGGACUCUCUUAUCGGUCUGCUGAAAUCGAGGGCGGUGUCUACGGUGCCCCCGCCGGACGAUCAUACCGGGGUAUGGGCGGACGAGUAUCACAAAAUCGCAAGCAUCGGUAUCCAGGUCAGACAUAGGAUCAGCAGUCACGGUUUCGCACUCAACGUGGAGAAGCGUAGCAUGGCUGGGUUUAAGCAUAUCGUGGCUUGCGGAAUCGUAGGUCGGAACAUGACCUGUUUGCAGGACAGACUCGAUCCAAACGGUCCAUUCGAAAAGUACAACACGUACAAGCAAGGUCAAGAGGUGGAUAGAGAGGAAAAGGUUGAGAGCAUCGCUGAGGCGUACAUGCAGCAUUUCGCAGAAGUGUUCGGUAGACAGGUCAGACAGGCAGGGCACGACGAGUUUGAGGUGGAGCUAAGAGAUGAGCAGUGGAGGGAUAAGUUGCGACAGGGUUUGGGGAUCGAGGUUGCGGAAGACGAGAGGGUGGUCGGUGGAAUCAAGGUCGAUGGUAAGCAGGUGGUUGUAGGCUGA